AAAUGGACAGUUUUGUUGAUGAACUGAGAAGGGAAGAAGGGCAGGCAUCUACAGAAGAAGAAACUGAAGGUGCAUCUGUGGGAACAGCAGGGCAUGUUCAGCUUCCUGGAAUUUAUUUACCUUUACUCCCAAGAUGUUUUCAACACCCAACAUCUAUGAGCCGAAUGCCCUCAGAUUUUCAAAAGGCUAAAGAAGACUGUUUAAGCUACAUACAGGAGGCCCUCUUGCAAAGUCAGUGGCAGAGGGCUGCGGAAUUAAUGGUAAGCUAUCUAGAGUCACUGCAGAAUACAACCACAACAAAACAGCUGGCAGCACGUGAGGUGAUCUGGAGAAUAGGAACUGAAAUCUUGUAUCAUCAUCCAAGAAGCAACAUAGAGGAGUCCAACCAUUUUGCAGAUCAGAUGAAAAAUUUAGGAGUAACGAGAUAUUUAAAGAUCUCUUUAGAGCAUGCCUUCUACCUCUUGUGUAAUGGGCACGUAGAUGAGGCUUAUCAGAAUCUGGUCCUGGCAGAAAGCUGGCGCUAUGGAGAACAAACGGUUCUUCAGGAAAAAGAUCUGAAACUCGUUCAAGGCUACAAGGGGCUGCUUGACUACUUUCAGUGGCUAAAAAAGAAGGCGGACAUGUUGCAACUCGAGGAAGACAGCUAUGCAGAGUCCUCUGUUCAGCAAGAAAUGCACAGCUUCUACCGGCAGGCUGCAGUCAACCUUAAGGAGAUAAUUAAAAGUCCUGGAGUUUGGGAUCCUUUUGUUUUGGGUUAUGUGGAUCUCCUGGAAUACUAUGAGAAGUAUGAAGAAGCCAGAGAAGUACUAAGCAAGUAUGCUUACAACUCCAAAUUUCCUUCCAACCCUAAUGCUCAUGUCUACUUCUAUCAGUUUCUAAAGAGAAGGGGUGAAUCGAAGAAAAAACAGAUCUCCGCACUUCAGGUCUUACAUGAGCUUGUUCCUUCUCAUGAAUUGAUGUUGGAACUUUAUGUCAUGCUUAAAAAAUCAAAAAAAAGUAAAAACCACAGACUGCGGCUGGAAGUUAUUUUUGCAGCCUUGGAUUUUGCUGGAUGGAAGGACAACGUAAAGGCUUGGAGCUAUUUGGCAAAACAGAUUGUAGAGAUAUUGCAGAACUCUGGCAAGCAAUUUGACUGGCUCAAAAAGGAAUGGGGUACCCGAAAGGACUGGUGGCCAGCCUUCCAUUUCAGCCAUUAUUUGGCAAAAAGAAACUGGCAGGAAAAUGAAAGUCUUGCAUGUGAAAAAGUUCUGGUGGCUGGAAUACUGCUAGGAAAAGAUUGCAAAUACUUUAAGUACAUCACACAUCAAGGAAGUAAAGCCAAGAAGAAGAAGUUCAGAACGCUGAAGAACUUUGUGAAAGAAAAUGGCCGGGUCCAUUUGAGAUUGUCUGAUACUUGAUUGCUUCAGAGGUCAAAGAGUGUCCUGUGCUUUUUCUAAAAGGAUGUAGAUUAUUUUUCCAGAUUGUAUGAUUUUCCACUUGUGUAUAGAUUCCCAGUGCAAAGAAGUAUUUCAUUGUAAAAAAAAUCUUAUGUGUUAAUGUCAACCAUUUGUGUGCCCAAUUCUUAUUUUUAAUAAAUCUGAAAAAAUGCACCAUUCCACUUUGAGUUAUUGCUAAAAUAAA